CUGAUUCUAGAGAAUCUUUGGAAUUUGUCUUGUCUAUACCAAUCAUCGAUGGUUCUGAUGGAAGUCUAUUGAAUCCAUCGUGCCAUUGCCAUGCCUUGCCUUCCUUAACUGUACUCCUGCACUCAGAAUGUUGAAGCAUGCCUAGCAAAUCACUCAGAAUUGUUUUUAGAUAAUUGGUGUUUUUUUUUCCUUUGUUAUGCUACAAAUCUUGAUUUUUCUACUACAUCAUGGAACGCCUCUACAUCUCUUGUACACCAGCCUUCACAUAUAUGCAGGUUUAUGGACUGGAGGAUUUUUCACUUUUUGUGUUGCAUUUUGUGAUUCUUGAGCAUUUUUUUUUGGUUGCAGGUUAUGCUUUUGUUUACUUUGAGGAUGAACGUGAUGCUGAAGACGCAAUUCGCAAGCUUGACAAUUUUCCUUUUGGAUAUGAGAAACGCAAAUUAUCAGUCGAAUGGGCAAAGGGUGAACGUAGCAGGACUCGUGGUGAUGGGAAGGCUGGUUCAGGUUAUAAGCCUACAAAGACACUGUUUGUCAUUAACUUUGACCCCAUUCGAACAAAAGAGCACGACAUUGAAAAGCACUUUGAGCCUUAUGGUAAGGUCAAUAACGUGCGUAUCAGACGCAACUUCUCAUUUGUUCAGUUUGAAACGCAAGAAGAUGCCACAAAAGCCCUUGAAGCUACUAAUAGAAGCAAAAUAUUGGAUAGGGUUGUUUCUGUGGAGUAUGCGAUGAAGGAUGACGAUGAAAGAGAUGAUCGUUACGGUGGUCGUAGCCCAAGAAGAUCUCUUAGUCCUGUGUACCGUAGACGUCCAAGCCCUGAUUAUGGUAGGCGUCCAAGUCCAGAUUAUGGUCGUCCUCGAAGCCCAGAGUAUGAUAGAUACAAAGGUCCAGCACCAUAUGAAAGACGCAGGAGUCCAGAUUAUGGACGUAGGGGUUCUGAUUAUGGAAGACAAAGGAGUCCUGGUUAUGAUCGUUACAGAAGUCGCUCUCCAGUCCCAAGAGGAAGACCAUGAAGACGAUACAGAAGCUACCAAGAAUGUCUGUGACAGUAGAGAAGGGAGAUUUGCUUAUGUCGUGUUUUGAAUUGCAGCCAUGUUUUUUGAUAUAAAUUUGAAAGUAGUUUUAUGACUAUGAUCUUAUGGUUUAUGUGACUAGUAAUCCAAUAGAAUUGGAGAUACUUAUUAUCGGAGAUAGCUGAAACUUUAUGGCUUUAAAUUUGAUUGUUGUUCUUACUUGGUUCA